GUCACUGCAAGAAGCAACUCGAUGAAAUUGCAGCUCAAUACUCGUGACCGUUGUUUUUUUCGAAGCUGCGCAGCGGGAGCGCCUUACUCGUUAUGUGCUGGCACCUCCAGCAAAUUCAUAGGUCGCCGCAUCGCCGUGUUCGCAUGCACUGUGCCGGUUUCUUAUUCGGAGGAGCAUUCGGCUCUCUCGUCACUGCCGCACACGAAUCGCGUUCGCGGGGCAACAUUCUCCGGCGGGGUCGAACGACCACGGGCACGACAAGCUCCGCACGCGUUGGAGCAGCCGCACCGGCGGUUGUCUCGCCCGCUGCGCCCGAACACAACUCGCCGAUGGCAUCAGAGCACUCGACCCGUCGGAGGACCAAGAAAAGUUUUCUGCAGAAGUUGCUGGAAAAGAAAACCCGGAUCGAGGUUGAUGCUGGGCAGCAACACCGCACGUCGGCCGGCCAAAACUCCCGUGACGCGCAGAGCUGCUGCGCAGAUGAAAGAGGCGUAGGUGCGGUGGCCACUGUGGAGGGGAGAAAGACGACCUCCGCAGGAGAUCCGUGUUCGGGAGAAAACGAGAACGCGCAAACAACACCUGAUCGGGACAAUACUCUCCUGGGCACAAGUUCUUCUACUGCGCAGAACAAGACCGCGGGAACAUCUACCUCGGCCAAUGCUGAUGCCAGCAGCAGGACAGGAGGCUUGGCUGCGGGCGGAGGGGGAUCGCCGGUUGGGGCCGCGGUUCCGCCACUCGGCAAACAAGCGAGCGGAACAGAAAACGAAACUCCGGGAACAUCAUCAACAACAGUCCCCGUGCGGAAGCCCGGCACCACGCAACGCGACUGUUCGGGGAAAGACAAAGUUUGGACGGUGCACUACAUGCCGUGGAUGCUGCCACAGUGCGUGGACUACGACCACUGGUGUCAGGGCACGUCCUGGUACAAGCCCAAGCUUGAUGCGAUAUGCGACGAGGGGGAUAUAAUUUCUAGUGGAACAUCAACAUCAAGAACUACUUCGGCAGAACAAAAUGGAAACGGAAAACAAACCAAUCCCAGCACUCGCCCGAAACUGCUACGUAACGACGAGGAUAAAGAGUGGCUUUGUGCAAAAAGCGGGGAAGAUGAGAAUGAUGCGCAGGAGAACUCAAUCGAUAAAGAUGGAAAAAACCUCUCCGGCAUCUACCGCAUUCCGACGAAAUGUCCACCUUGCGACGGGACCCAAGCCUCCUGCCUCGCGGAGGAGGGAGAUCGAGACAACUUCAGCGGCGCGGGGCGGACGCCGUACCACAUCGAGGCGCAGAUGCAACUGAUCCACGACAGUUGCAUUGACGCGAUCUGGAUCGACUACCAGUGGCUCAACUGGAACGGCGCGAUCGAGUUUGUGAUUACCAUUCUGGAGAAAAUGCACCAAAGGGGUGACACGCUGAAGUUUGCCAUUCUCCUGGACCCGAACGCCAGUCAGGGCGCGCUGUGGAAGCAGGCGCACGACGCGGCUCAGUCGCCGUUCACGACCCGGUGGGUGAAUCACGAGUUGUACCACACAUGGAAGGGAAAGAGACUCGUGCCGGUUUUCGCCGUGAAUUUGGUGAACGAAGUUGUAUCUCCCGACCAAAUUGUCCCCGACGCGAUCUACUUUCACGAUUCCCAGGGGCAGAAUUACCAAGCGUCUAUUCGCGGCGGGGCGCACUUUUCGGGCACCUACCCGUGGCCCUGCGGAUCGCACGGGAACAACUUACAGUACCUGCGCGACCGGUACUCGGAGUGCCGACACCAGAACCACGAUAAGUCCCGGACCGACAUGCCCUGCGUCGGCCUGCUGUACCCGCAGUUCUGCGACUGCUACAAGGACCGGAGUUUCUGUUGCCACGGGUACUGUGAAGUGCCGGGAAAAAUGACCGAGAACUGCUUAUUCGCGACCGCGAGUUUUCUCUCCGGGGAAUUGAAACACGAAGGAACUGGGGUCGACAUCGUGCAGAUCGUUACGUGGAACGAUUACGGCGAGAUGACGCACAUCGAACCCAGCACCCUGCGGGGGCUGGAGGAAGGGCAAUUUGGGUGUGAAAAUGGCGGGUUACUUCCGAGCGUGUGCCGGUCGCGGUUUGACAAGGCGGGCGGGUACAACGCCUGGCGCGACAUGGUGGAAAACCGGCUCGGCCACAACAACCCGGACGAGCCAGUUUCCUCUGCGCAGACGCUGCUCCGGGUGCGGAACGUGAUCCGGAAUCAAAACGACAAGUACACAGUAUGGCGAUGACACAGGUAGCAGCUGCGAGGAUUCAGGAAGGUCGCUAUUGGGGAGCGCCGUUGAAGGUGUUUGAAUGUGUCGACGUGUCUUGCGUUAUUGCAUGACCCGAAAUUACUUAUGUACAUUGAUUCUGUUUCUGUAUGAUAACAAAUGCAGGUAAUUGGUUUCCGUUUCCUGCGAACUUAGUUUCUCAAAAAAUCAAAAGCAAUUGCGAAG